GACUGAACAGAUAAAAUGAAACACUGAAAGGUUCUCGGUUUGCGGAUGAGGAGUGAAACGAGUCCGGCUCUAGAGCGUCGUGCGUCGUGACGUCAUCGGGCCAUCAUGGCGGAGUCCAGUGAGUGUAUGAACGUGAGGCGACGGUUCAAGACAAACAAACUAGAAGACGUCUCCGAACAGGGUUCUGGUGCUGAUGAGGCUGUGGAAGUGAAAGCAUCUGCUCGGAUCAACCGGCACUCAGUCUUCUGGAUCCUGGCUUCUCUCGCUCUCACCUACUAUCUGGAUUUCUUCUCUGUUCUUCUGAACCACAGUGACAUUCACAGGUGGUGCGUGCGUGUGUGUGUGUGUGUGUUUUUGAUGCUGGUGGUUUUUGUUUGUUUUGCUUUUUUCUGUAUGCUGUAUCUGGAGUGGUUCAGAGGAAUAAAGCAGUAUGAUCAGGAGUAUCCAGCCGUCCCUGCGCUCACCACCGCUGCCUUCAUCGCCGCCUCCUGCAGCUUGAACAUCGCUCUGUGGCCCGUCUGGUCGUUCCUCACGCCGGUGAUUCUGUUCACUCAGUUCAUGGGUGUGGUGAUGCUGAUCUCACUGCUGGGCUGAAACACGGAUAGAGGGGUCAGCUGAUCGCCCUCUGACCUCUGACCUCUGCUCUAUUCCUGCGCUGAGGACUUGCUUUAAUGAACAGAGAGACUUUCGGCAGCUUCUGAUGUCUCCGAUCUAAACCCACUCAUAUUUUCCCGUCACAGAAGAUCAUCAGCCCGCCGGAGGUGAACCAGAGGUUUUCUUUGAGGUCCUGUAGACUGCUGAUCGCUGUGUUUUGUAAAAUUGCAGAUCGCUUUAACUUCCAAACACUGUUUUAAACGGUUCACUCCCUGUUUUAAUGUUUGUCUGUAACUAACCAGAUGCAUGAACUGAUGAAAUAAAGGACGUUUGUAUUA